AUGGAGAAAAGGCCCUCUCUGCUCCCUCACCAGCCGUUUUCCUCUUGUUCUUUCAUUCUCCCUUCCCUAGUUUCGAGUCGACUCAAAGCUAGAAAAGGCCCUCUCUGCUCCCUCACCAGCCGUUUUCUCUUAUUCUUUCAUUCUCCCUUCCCUCACUCCUCUUUCCUUGCUCCCUUCCUUUUCUCCUCCCCCCAGUGCAACUGCCGGUUUUUCUACACAUUCACCGCCACAACACCGCUCCUCUGCCUGUUUGUAUUCGCCAUCAGCACGCUCCUCAUCGCCCUACUUGUGAUUAACACCUAUGAGCCAGGCAGGCAGCCAGGGACGCUGUGGGAGGCCAUGGGAAAGAGGGCCUCUGCCCUCACAGUCCGUUUCACCUUAUUCCCUCGUUUCUUCUUUCCCUCCUCCCUCCCCUCCCGCCAGCGCAACUGCCGCUUCUUCUACACAUUCACCGCCACCAAAACGCUGCUCUGCCUGUUCAUCUUCCCCCCUCCCUCCUUCCCCAUCUCCCCUCUUCCCACCCCCCUCUCCCCCACCGCCCUGCCAGCGCAACUACGGGCCAGGAUGGCAGCCCAGAGCGCUGUGGGAGGCCAUGGGGGAAUGCACGCUCUUCUCACACUCCCCCGUUCUCCUCCCUCACUCCUCUUUCCCUGCUCCCUCCCCUGUCUUGCCCCACCACCCUCUUCUCUUUCAGCGCAACUACCGGUUCUUUUACAUUGCAACUACCGGUUCUUUUACAUGUUUACCGCCACAACAACCCUCCUCUACCUCUUGUUCUUCCUGCCCCCCAUCCCUCCCCAUCGUGUCCCUCCACCCCCCGCCAGCGCAACUACCGGUUUUUUUUACAUGUUCACCGCCACAACAACCCUCCUCUGCCUGUUCGUGUUCGCCAUCAGUGCCCUCCUCCUCGUGCUACUCGUGAAUAACACUUACGAGCCAGGGGGGCAGCCCAGGACUCUCUGGGAGGCCAUGGGGCAGGCGCCUGUCGCGGUGAUUUUGAUGGUGUACACAUUCAUAGUGGUGUGGUUCGUGGGAGGGCUUACUGCAUUCCAUACAUUCCUCACGGCCACCAACCAGAAUUUCCGGAUGCACUACAAGCUUAUGACCACCCACCCACCAUCCCUUCCCUCCACCCCCUCCCUUCCCUCCCCUUCCACCCCCUCCCUUCCCUCCGCCCCCUCACCCCCCUCCCCGUCCACCCUCUCUCACCAUGUACGAGAACUUCCGCCCCCUCCCUUCCCUCCGCCCCCUCACCCCCCUCCCCGUCCACCCUCUCUCGUUAGACCACACCACGUACGAGAACUUCCGCAUGCGCUACAAGCGGAAGAUACCACGUACGAGAACUUCCGCAUGCGCUACAAGCGGAAGAACAACCCUUACGACCUCGGCAUUCCGCGCAACUUCCGGGAAAUUCUCUGCGGCCCUAUCCCGACUUCCCAAAUCGACUUUCAAGCGGAAGCGCCCCAACCAGUCAAACCCCCUGGAGGCACCUCCUCACUCUCCUCAUCAUCUGCCACAGGUGCUGCCGCUGCCUCUGCUACUGUUACACCGGUUACCAUCUCAGACACGAUUGGUACCACUGCUAGCACCACUGCUGCUGCUGGUGCUGCUGCUGCUGUUACUGCUGCUGCUGUUGCUACUGCUGCUGGUACUGCUGCUGCUGGUAGUGCUGCUGCUGGUGCUGCUGCUGGUGCUGCUGCUGGUGCUGCUGCUGGUGCUGCUGCUGGUGGUCGGAUGGUUAGCAGUGAGCCUAUCCGCAGUGAUGCGAUAGGGAGGGACGAAAUAGGCAGUUCCUCAUCAGCAUUUGAAGCAGCGUAUGCCGCCCUGCUAGCCCAGUACGCCCUGCAUGGGGAGGGGGAGGAGGGGGUGGAGAUCGGGGAGAGAGGGGAAGAUGGGGGGGAUGGGGAGGGUGCGAGGAUUGAACUUGGGGAGGGUGGGGAGGGUGGGGGAGGAGGUGGUGGGGGUGAAACGAAUGGCGAGACCGAUGCGAUUGAUGAGAAUGGUGAGAAUAAUGGGAAUGAUGGGAAUAAAGAGGAUGAGGAGUCUUCUUCCUCUCCAGAUGUGCCUAUAGGCUCUACAUCUGCCGAGCCCGGCUCCUGCCAGCCCUCCCCACCUAGGUUCGGAUCCAGGGGGUGUUCGCCGCUCAAGGGGAUGUUUUCGCCGUCGAGCAGAAGUCUUUCGUCUGGAUACGAGUUGGUGGAAGGUGUGGGAUUGACAGGAGAUGAUGGUGGUGCUGCAGCUGAUGAUAUUCUUGAGAGCAGCACAUUGGGACGAGGAUCACUAGGUUAG